GAGAGCAGCCAAUCCUUCCCACGCAUUACACAGAACCGAACACCGAUUUCAAUUCGUUGAGAUUUCAAUCAUGGCGCUUGCUGUUACCUCUUCUUCUUCUUCAUCCGCGGUUUCUAAUUCAAGUUUCCCGCGUUUCAGUUCUUCCUCUGAGCCUAAAGCCUCGCAAUUUGGCUCUUUUUGGAUUUUGGAUAAACCGCAUGUUUCAUCCGGGGCUGUGAAUUUGUCACAAAGACAUGGCCUGGUGAAACCUGUACAUGCCGAACCUCAACGGAAGGAUUCAGUUGUGCCCCUUGCAGCAGCUAUCGUUGCUCCUGAGGUAGAUGGCAAAGAGUUAGAUUAUGAGCAAUUAGCUUCAGACCUUGAAAAUGCCUCCCCUCUUGAAAUAAUGGAUACGGCCUUGGAACAAUUUGGCAACGACAUAGCUAUUGCUUUCAGUGGUGCCGAAGACGUAGCUUUAAUUGAGUAUGCACAUUUGACGGGCCGCCCCUUCAGGGUGUUCAGUCUGGACACUGGAAGACUGAACCCAGAAACUUAUAGGCUUUUUGAUGCAGUUGAGAAGCAUUACAAUAUUCACAUUGAGUACAUGUUCCCAGAUGCAGUUGAGGUUCAGGCAUUGGUAAGAAGUAAGGGGCUCUUCUCAUUCUAUGAGGAUGGCCACCAAGAGUGCUGCCGAGUGAGGAAGGUAAGACCCUUACGGAGAGCCCUUAAGGGCCUCAGGGCAUGGAUCACUGGGCAAAGGAAAGAUCAAUCCCCUGGAACAAGGUCCGAGAUCCCUGUUGUUCAGGUUGAUCCAGUUUUUGAAGGACUGGAUGGUGGAAUCGGCAGCCUGGUAAAGUGGAACCCGGUGGCUAACGUGAAAGGUCAUGACAUAUGGAACUUCCUUAGGACCAUGAAUGUGCCUGUUAAUGAAUUACAUUCACAAGGAUACGUUUCAAUUGGUUGUGAGCCAUGCACAAGGCCAGUUUUACCUGGGCAACAUGAAAGGGAGGGAAGGUGGUGGUGGGAAGAUGCCAAAGCCAAGGAGUGUGGUCUUCACAAAGGAAAUAUCAAACAGGAAGAUGGUGCCCAGUUUGGUGGGAAUGGAAAUGGCACUGCCCAUGCAAAUGCCACAGUGGCAGACAUUUUUAACUCCCAGAGUGUGGUCAGCUUGAGCAGGACCGGAAUCGAGAAUCUGGUGAAAUUGGAGAUCCGAAAAGAGCCAUGGCUUGUUGUGCUUUAUGCACCAUGGUGCCCCUUCUGCCAGGCCAUGGAGGAAUCCUACGUUGACUUGGCAGAGAAGUUGGAAGGAUCAGGUAUUAAGGUUGGCAAGUUCAGAGCAGACGGAGAGCACAAGGAUUUUGCAAAACAACAACUGGGGCUAGGAAGCUUCCCCACGAUAUUGUUCUUCCCAAAACAUUGUUCUCGGCCUAUAAAAUACCCUUCUGAGAAGAGAGACGUUGAUUCAUUGAUGGCCUUUGUUAAUGCCCUGCGAUAAUGAAUAUCUAAUCAAUCAAUGAACCGUUGAUUGUUUGUGUUUUCAUUUCAACCGAAGAUACAUGUGCAACUUUGCCUCGCAUAGCAUUGAUAGUCAUCCAUUAAGAGAUUUUUGGUGACUCGUUAUGAAGUGGGAAGGGCAAGUUUUGACUCAAAUUUAGGAAAAGAAAUGGGUUGCGUUUAUGUAUAUUUCUAGAUGAGUUCUCUCAAUGUUUGAUGGUAGCACGUAUUCGGCAAAGAGGAGCUUUUAUUCCUGCUCUCUAAAUAAAUGGUCUUUUUAACAUUA